GUCAGUACACGAUGCGGAUGGGAGUCAGGGAGCACUGCCUCGCAUCUCCGGCAUUAUCACCAUCCUGUCUUCUUUCUUCCUCUGCUGCCAUGGAGCUGCAUCAGGCUGACUCACAGCACCAUCUGCACAAAGGCCUGAGCAGGUAGAUCUAUACGUGUGCAGGCCAGGAUGGAAUGUGUGUGUCUGAGGUGGUAUUCAGGCUCUGCCGUCAUCUUCCUUCACACACUGGCUUUGUCGUGGACAGGUACAAUUGAGCACGGCCCCAAAAUUGACGGAAGUCACCAGGCGGCUUUGACACUGCAAGAGAACAUGACACAUAGAUUCAACUGUCAGUCAGACAGCUGGGAUCCCCGAGCACCUCCCUUACUCACCUGGUACCUGAACAGAGAGCAACAGAACGAACCAUCAUCGAACCCCAGGCGGCUGGUGAUGACAUCAAAAGAAAGGUCCAAGGUCAUCAGACCAGGGAGCAAUCACAACACUACCUUCUCUUUGCGAGCCAAGAAGUGGGACAGGGAACUGGUUUGUGUUUCGUCAAACCCUAAGACAGGAGAGAGCUAUAACGCCACCGUCACACUCAACGUCCAGUUUCAGCCAGAGAUCAUUAAGGUCAGUGCCCAUUACAGUGAAACCUCAGACCCCGGACUGUCCCUGGUUCUCUUUGCCUUGGUACGAUCCAACCCACCUGCCACCAUCACCUUUGUGGACCAGUCAGGACAGCCUGUAGCGAACACCACAGACUUCCUCAUCCUGGACUCGAGAAGCUACCCCUGGCUGACCAAUCACACGCUGAGGGUCACACUCAGCAGCCUAUCGGGGAACGUCUCGUUGAUUGCCAGCAACAGUGUCGGAACGGUGCAGAGCAACCUCACCCUGGCAGAGUUCCUGCAGUCCCGUGUGGAAGUGCCCAUGCUGGGAAUCGUGACUGGAGGUUCCAUGGCCUUCAUGGCGCUCCUCAUCCUCAGUCUCAUCGUGCUGUGCCUCAUGCAGAAAAACAAGAGCAAGUCUGUCGAUGAGCCCGUGGAGAUUCUGAUGAUGAAGAAAAGUGACUCGACCAAUGUGAAGACAGAGAAACAUGAUAAGAUCUACAUCCCCAGAGAGAACAUGUCUCUACCUUCCAACGUCCAUCUGUACGACCUCAGCACUUUGCAGAAAGCCCGUGAGGUUGCACAAAGGAACAGUUUCAGAGAGAAGAAGGAGGAAGAGGAGGAAGACCUGUCUCUUGCUUAUGCCGCCAGAGGUUUCGCCAGAUAUCCGAUGGUGGGUUACAUCUACAAGGUCAACAGCACAAGUAGCGAGGAAAUCUGGCUCUGACUGACCCCAAAGUGAUCCACAGACUCAGAUGCAUGCAAAAAACAAACAAACAAACAAAAAAGUGCAACUGUCCAUUUAGGCUCCAAAAACAAC